CAGGUCCGUCUGUCCGGCUCAGGCCCAGCUCCAGGCGGGCUCAAUGAUGUCAUAGCCGGGCCAGGGGUGGGGGCAGAGAACAACUGUGUCUUAACUUGUUUUUCAAGGGGAGAGAGACAAAGAGACGGAGAGACUCCGGGAGACGGAGAGACGGAGAGACUCCGAGAGAUAGGGGGACUGGCAGAGUCCCGAGAGGGCGCCGGGUUCAGAGCCGAGCAGAGGCAGCUGGGAGGUUAGAGAGGCAGCCAGGCCGGGCAGGGGGCUGAGCGACAUGGAGCAGUUACCCAGGAGGGCUCUGCUCUGCUGCCUCCUGCUUCUGCAGAGCUGCAGCGUUGACUUGUUCUCAGCGGGGUCCCCAGGGCCCGGGGCCAGCACCGUGGUGUCAGAAGCCACCCUGAGCCAGCCUGCGGGGGCCCGAGCUCUGCUUCGCUGUCAAAGCCCGCGCAUGGUGUGGACUCAGGACCGGUUCCAUGACCGGCAGCGGGUGGUCCACUGGGACCUCAGUGGCGGCCCCGGCGGCCCCGCGCGCAGACUCCUGGACAUGUAUUCCGCCGGGGAGCAGCGCGUCUACGCGGCCAGGGACCCGGGCCGCCUCCUCCUGGCUCCCGCAGCCUUCCAAGAUGGCAACUUCUCUCUGAUCAUCCGCUCUGUGGAGGAGCAGGACGAAGGCCUGUACACCUGCAACCUUCACCAUCACUACUGCCACCUGUACGAGAGCCUGGCCAUUCUCCUGCGGGUCACCGACGACCCCCUGGAAGCUGGCGCCCACUGGGAUGGGGAGAAGGAGGUCCUGGUGGUAGAAAGGGGCUUCCCAGCCCUGCUGACCUGUGUGAACAGAGCCCAGGUGUGGACCGAGCGGCACCUGGAGGAAGAGCAGCAGGUGGUGCACUGGGACCGCCAGCCCCCCGGGGUCCCCCACGACCGCGCCGACCGCCUGCUGGACCUGUACGCCUCAGGCGAGCGCCGGGCCUACGGGCCUCCCUUUCUGCACGGGCGAAUGGAAGUCAGCCCGGACGCCUUCGCCCGCGGGGACUUCUCCCUGAGCAUCGACCCCUUGGAGCUGGCCGACGAGGGCACCUAUUCCUGCCACCUGCACCAUCACUACUGCGGCCUCCACGAGAGGCGCAUCUUCCACCUGGCCGUCUCCGAGCCCUCGCCCGGACCCCGCCGCCCGCCCCCCCUGCCCGAGGACACGCUGGGCAACCGGACCAGCCAGAGCCGGAGCCCCUCCCCCGCCGAUCCCCCAGUGGUCCAAGGCCACAACGUCAUCAACGUCAUCAUCCCUGAAAGCCGGACCCACUUCUUCCAGCAGCUGGGCUACGUCCUAGCCACCCCGCUCCUCUUCAUCCUCCUCCUCAUCAUCGUGGUUCUCGCCACCCGCCGUUGGCGGCGGCAGAAAGGCUAUGCUUAUGAUGUGAAGAAGUCAGGCGGGAAAGACGUUAAUCUGAAGGAAUUUGCAGUGGAGUCAGCUGAUUUAUCCCAAAUUAGGAGCGAGGAUAUCAGGCUGGAUUAUAAAAACAACAUCCUCAAGGAGAGAGUGGAGCUGGCCCUGGGCGUCCUCGGCAAAAACAGCGACUUAGACAGAGAGUUGCAGAAGGAAUAUUGUAAAUGAAGACUCCCGGCCUCAGACCCCUCCUCAGAAAAUCUCCCUUCCCCAGCUCUGCCCUCAUUGCCCUCUUCCCCAUCGUGAACCCCUCCCCCUCACCCGGGACUUCCACCUGGUCUGGCCGACCCCUGCGGCAGGUCCCGCUCUCCUUGGGGUUUGACUGGAUGUUGGCCACCAGGAUGGGGUGAGUUUGGGGGUGAGAAGCCCCGCGUGUGCCGGACUGUGCACGUCCCACCUUCCUCCAGGCCAGAGGGCCAGGGCUGGACCCUCCCUCUGUGCUCCCUGGGAUCUCUGGGGGCUGUGUCUCCUCUGGGGUCCCUCGUCCCUGUACUCGGCUCAGCCUUCCAACUGAUGGACCAAAGGCACGUGGGACACGCCCUGGCGGGUGCCUUAUGAAUCAGGAGGGGCUGGGGGGGCUCCUUCUGUCCCUCCACUCUCUACAAGCUGAAAAUUCAAUUCCGGGGCCCAGGCGAGGGCUGGCCUGCUGAACCACUCCCCGAACAUUUUAAACGACUUCCUCUCCCCCUGCCAGCAGCCCAUGCCCAGGCUGUAUCGUGCCAGCUCGGUAUUCUUUGAGCUCUCUCCUUUGCCUCUGGCCUUGGCACCGGUUACUGGAACAGGACGUGGUGCUCGCUCUCCAGCCCCAGAAUCUCUCUGCCUCCAGUUCCCCUCCUCACAGCCCCAGAACCCCCUCGGCCUGCCCCCCAAACUGGCCCUGUCCCAGGGCUGUGCACGAGCCCUCAUUUCCAUGGCUUCAGCUGGGGCCGCCCUGCAGGGGUGGCCCCACAGGGCUAGAGACGAAGAUGUGGCUGCCCUGCCAAGUGGAACCGAGCUCCGGAGGGAACUUCUGGGAAAACUUUUCAUUGACAAAACUCCUAGGGAGUUGACUUAACAAGGAAAUUAGGGGAGAGGAAAGAAGGAAGGAGCUAAAUGGACUCAGAAUAUCAUAGGGAGGGAGAGAAGAAAGUGAUACGGGGAGAAAUGCACAAUUCUGAUUUUCCUGGCUUGGAAAUUUGUGUUUCAGAAGCUGUUCGUUGGGAAGGUGUCCCUUAGGGGACUUGCCGCUGGUGAUGGAUGGGAGAGGGUGACAGGAGAGGGGAAUGGCUGAAUGGGGACCUCACAAUUUAAGGCAGGGAGGGAUGGUCAGGCUUUGGGCAAAUUUGAGUGAUGGGGGAGUGAAGCUUUCUCUCCCAUCCGUCAUUGUAGACUCCAUAUCUUGUGAUCUAGAAGGGAGUGAAAUGCUCAGGCUAUCCGCAGAUCCUGGGGAGGGGGCAUCCUCUUCCCUAAUUACCCUCUUCCUACCCCCCCCAAUCCCUCAACAACCCAAUAGAGACAAUUCUCAAUUAUCUGUGUUAUAUACAUUUUGUGGGCUACUGGUAGCAAAACGAACCUCAGACUAUCUCUUUCCCUAAGCCCAGUAUCAGUCAGAGCGGGCUAAGGACUAGCCCAUUCCCUAUUGGACCAGCCUGUGCCCGUCAGGAGGGCCGUACGCCAUUAUUUAUUCCACAGAGGUAGAUAUGAUCACUGAGGUCGGGCUAGCUGCAUUCUCUCUGUAUUAUCUGGAUUUUUCUGUUUAUUAACUGAUGUCUUGGAGUUUUCUCUGUUUGGAAUGGUUAGUCAUAGACAGUUCUCCUUUUCUCCAAAGUCCUGCUCACUGAUGGCUGGGAGAGGAGGGAGGAUAUUUUGCUGGGGAGAGGGGUGCUGGAAAAGGGUACUAGGGGAAGCUGAAAAAGACCUCAAAAUUGGCCUCUACCCCCAAUACCUUUAGCUCUGCUUGUCCGGCAUGCAAAGCUGUGGAAUUGUCCCUGGGAUUCCAAAGUGAAUUGGAGAUGUCUUGGACUCUCUCCUUUUAUGACCUAUUAUAAUAAUACCUAUUAUAUGCCAGAUAUCACGCUCAGCUCUGGGGAUAAUGUACAAAAGCCUCUCCAUUAGAUUGCAAGUUCCUUGAGCUCAGGAACUGUCAAUUUAGUACAGUACCUAGUACACAUUGGUGCUUAAUAAAUGCUUAUUGAUUGACUGCUCUCAGGGAGCUUACAUUCUAAGGGAAGAUACGUGAACAUAUGUAGGUAAAUACAGGACAUAUACAAAUCAGAGACAUGGUAAGCUAAAAAGGAGGUACUAGCAGCCCAUUGGGACCAGGGAAAGGCCUCCUGCAGAAGGGGCUGCUUAAGCUGAGUCUUGAAAGAAACCAGGAAUUCGCUACCCCCAUUUCUGUUGUCCACAACCCCCUCUCUCCUCUCCCCCACCAUUCCCUAUCCUCAGCUCCCAAUCAGAAUUCCUGCUAGGUGAUAUGGGGGAAUGGGAUGGGAUGUUGAAAUUGACUUCCAGUCCUGACCAUACUCAGGGCAAUUGAUGUAGGGAUGGAUUUCCCCUGGCCCAUCAGCCCAUUUUACAUUUUUUUUCAAAAAUUUUAAAAACAUUUUUAUUUAAAGUUUUGAGUUCCAAAUUCUAUUCCACCUUCUUUAGACAGUAAGCAGUCAGAUAUAGGUUAUACAUGUGCAAUUAUGUAAAACAGUUCCAUAUUAGUCAUUUUGUACAAGAAACUCGAAUAAAAAAAAAGAAAGAAAGUGAAAAAUGCAUGCUUUGGCCUGUAUUCAGUUAAUAUUAGCUCUUUCUCUAGGGUGGAUAAUAUGUUUCAUCAUUAGUUCUUUGGGAUUGUCUUGAAUCAUUGUAUUGCUGAGAACAGCCAAGUCAGUCAUUCACGGUUCUUCCUUGAACAAUAUCAUUGUUACUGUGCACAGUGUUCUAGUUCUGUUCACUUCGCUAUGCUGUCAGUUCACGUAAGUCUUUCCAAGUUUUCCUGAAAUCAUCCUGCUUAUCAUUUCUUAUAUAUAGCACCAUAAUAUUCCUUUACACUCAUAUACACAGGUUGUUUAGCCAUUCCCCAAAUUGAUAGGCAUCCCUUUGAUUUCUAGUUCUUAGUCACCACAAAAAAGAACUGCUAUAAAUAUUUUGGUACAAAAUUUCUGGAUGUCUUUUGGGGUAUAGCCCUAACAAUGGUAUUGCUGAGCCAAAGGGUAUGUACACUUUUAUAGCCCUUUGGGAAUUCAAAUUAUUCUCUAAAAUGGUUAGAUCAAUUCACAACUCCACCAACAAUGCAUUAGCAUCCCAGUUUUCCUAUAUCUUCUCCAACACCCGACAAUUUCUAUUUUUGCCACAUGAUAGGCUUGAGGUGGUAACUCCAAGUUAUUUCAAUUUGCAUCUCUCUGAUCAAUAGUGAUUUAGAGCAUUUUUUCAUAUGAUUGUAGAUAGCUUUGAUUUCUCUGGCUGAAAACUAUUCAUAUCCUUUGAUCAUUUAUCAACUGGGGAAUGACUUAUAUUUUUAUAAAUUUGGCUCAGUUCUCUAUAUAUUUGAAAAAUAAGGCCUUUAUCAGAGUUAUUUAUUGCAAAUUUCCCCCUCCCAGUUUUCUGCUUUCUUUAUAAUUUUGGUUGCAUUUGUUUUGUUUGUGCAAAAACUUUUGAAUUUUAUAUAAUCAAAAUGAUUUGUUUUACAUUUUAUGAUGCUCUCUAUAUCUUCUUGGACCCUAAAUUCUUCCUUUAUCUGUAGAUCUGACAGACAAUUUAUUCCCUGUUUUUCUACUUUACUCUACAAACAUGCUUUAUGUGUAAGUCACGUAUCCAUUUUGAUCUAAUCUUUGUAUAAGGUGUGAGGUAUUGAUCUAUAUCCAAUUUCUGCCAUACUAUUUUCCAGUUUUCCCAGCAAUUUUUGUCAAAUAAUAAGUUUUUGUUCCAAAAGCUUGGCUCUCUGGGUUUAUAAUAUACUUAGAUUACUAUGAUCAUUUAUUAUAAAGUAAUUUGUAUCUAAUCUAUUCAACUGAUCCAAUACUUUAUUUCUUAGCCAGUGCCAAAUUGUUUUUGAUAAUUACCACUUUAUAAUACAGAUUGAGAUCUAUUAUGGCUAGAUCAUCUUCUUUCUCAUUUUAUCCAUAGAUUCCCUUAAUAUCCUUGAACUUUUGUUCUCUCGGAUGAAUUUUGUCAUUCUUUUUUCUAGUUCUAGAAAAUAUUUUUGAUAGUUUGAUUGGCAUGGCACUGAAUAAAUAGAUUAAUUUAGGUAGAAUUGUCAUUUUUAUUAUAUUGGCUCAGGCUACUCAUGAGUAAUUAAUAUUUUUCCCAAUUGUUUAGAUCUGAGUUUAUAUGAAAAGUUAUGUUUAUAUAGUUUCUGGGUUUGUCUUGGCAGAGAUAUUUCCAAGUAUUUUAUAUUGUCUACAAUUAUUUUAAAUGGAAUUUCUCUAAUCUUUUGCUGCUGAAUUUUUUUUAGUGAUAUAUAGAGAUUAUAAUGAUUUAUGUAGACUUAUUUUCUAUCCUGCAACUUUGUUAAAAUUGUUACUAAUUUCAGGUAGUUUUUUAACUGAUCCUCUGGGCUUUUCUAAAUAUAACAUCAUAUCUGUAAAGAAUGAUAGUUUUGUUUUAUAAUUACCCAUUCUAAUUCUUUUAAUUUCUUUUUCUUAUCUUAUUGCUAUAGCUAAUAUUUCAAGUACAAUGUUAAAUAAUAGAGGUGACGAUGAGCAUCCUUGCUUUAACCCUGAUUGCAUUAGGAAAGUUUCUAGUGAAUCCCUCUUACAUGUAUAAGAUAUAUAGAACAAUGCUUGCUCCAUGGUUUUAGAUAAAUAUUACUUAUCAACUUAAGGUAAGCUUUAUUUUUUCUUGAGUCUUUCUGGUGCUUUAUUUUGUCAAAGGCUUUUUCUGCAUCUACUGAGAUAAUCACCUAAUUUCUGUUGGUUUUAUUAUUGAUAUAGUCCAUUAUGCUGAUCGUUUUCCUUAUAUUAAACCAGUCCUACAUUCCUGGCAUAGAUCCUACCUGGUCAUAGUGUAUGAUCCUUGUGAUACAUUGCUAUUAAUAUUUUACACUUCUUGAAAUGGACUUCACUGACCCCAUAAUUAUUUACCUGUCCUUUCAAUACAUUCUCCUGUAUAUUUUUCAUCCAUAUCACAACAAUAGAGACAAUCGAGGCCAUGGGCACCUGUGGUGUCGGCCUCUCCCUCAGAGUUGCCAUUGAAAGUCAGUGACGCAGCUUUAAGCUAUAGAAGUGUCUCCCUUCUGGGCUACCAGCUUGCACUUUCAGCCUUAUUGCCACAGAUUACCAGUCUUGCCCCCUUGGACCUCCAGUCUUGUCACUUUGAAUCUCCAGCCCUCCUGGGAGCUGCCACCACACCUGUGAUGAAGAGGACCCACCUCACACUAUCAUCUGUCAUCUCCAGAUGGCAUGUCCCCUUUCUAUUCUCAUUCCCAUCGAUUUCCUUAGCAUUUCAAAAGUUCUGGCAGAACAAGACCAAGCUCCCUUUUCUUUCUAGGUCCACGUCUAGAUUUUAACACUCUUCCCUUUUGGGAAGUUCUUUCUGGUAUCUGCCUUCCAUGUGUACUCUCAGAUACAAGAUGAAAGGGAGGGAGAUCAUCCAUCAGUUCUAUGGUAGUAGGGGGCCUUCUGGAAGGAGUUAGUGGGACUGUUCUUUGAAGGGGAGUGCAAUUUUAUAGCAGGGAAAUAAACUGUAGGAGAAAGAAGAAUAUUGAAGAGGAGGGGAAGAUGAGAUGGCAUUUGCAGGAAUGACCAAGAUUUAUAUAGCAUAAGUUGGAGCCAGGAAGUUCUCAAAUGCCAGGUUAAGUAUUUUGUGCCUCCAGACAAAGCUGGAUAUACUGAUCCACAGUCAACAGGAGAAAGACUUGGCAACAGAAGGGAAAGCUGAGAAAGGGUCAUUGCUGGAGGACUGUAAGGACAGUAAGUUUUGAUGGACCACUGGGGACAGGAACCACAUUUCAGUUGGUGUUCCCAGGGGCCACGCUUCCUAAUUGCUUUUUGGAUUGGAUUGCACAAUCUUUCCUCACUCCCAUCCUAUGGGCCUUUGGGGGUAAUAAAUGCAACCUGAACCCCAUCCUCACCCCCAAAUUAGUUCCUAAAUCUAGCUGCUUAGAAAUGUAUGAGGCUAGUUUGUGGAAGAAGCCACAGGGCUAGGCCUUGGGAGAGACAGAAAGUCCUUGGGUCCAUGACCUAGCAGCAGUUUUUCCCAUCUCCAACAGCUAGAGUGGGGGGCAAAGAUACUGUAAUCCCAGGUUCCCCAUAUGCAUGAGACCAAACAAGUUUCCUUUAGCUUCUGGACCCCUGAGUCCUCAGGCCUCUGGAUCCUGGGCUUCUGGAUUCCUGGGUUUCUGAGCUCCUGGGCCUCAGGAGUCCCCAGUUAUGAUGUUGAUUCUGGCCCUCUGGCUUACCCAUGAGACUCUGGGCCUCUGGACUCCUAGAUCAGGUCUCUGGCUCUCAGAUGUCUGGGUCCCGGGAUUCCGGGUCUCUGCUUCUCCAGGCCUUUGGACUCCUGAGGUUUUGAGGUUGCUAAGCCUCUUCAUUCCCAUCCUCCCGAAUUUCUGGGCUGUCGGCCUUGGAGCACAGACUGGUGACGUGGGCAGCAGGAGUUUCUGAGGUUUUGCUGUUUACAGUAGUUUUUUCCUUCAGACAGCAGAGUUCCCAGGGUUGGAAGGCCCCCAGGACCAAGGAGUGCUGAGUGUGUACGGGGAGGAGCAUGUGGGGCAAAAGCAGGGCAAGCAAGAGGGAGGCUGGGAGCUUUUUGUUUCACUUUCUCCCUUUUUUCUCUGUACCCCUAAUGCCAGAAGGGGACGUGGCACAUAAUAAUUGCUUACGUGCUUGUUGGUUGGUUUUUUAAGUGAAAAGACAAUAUAUCUGGAGUCAAAGGAUCUGGGUUCGGAUCCUGUGUGAUUAUAGCUGUCACUUUCACCCUUUGGGCUGUUCUUGGCUAUUGAAGGGAUCUCUCAGCUCUACUUUCUGGGCUUCUUUGAUCUAUGACCUCACUUUUCCUAAGGACCGGUGGUCCUUGCCCAGCUCAGAGGCCCUCCAGACCCUGGUUACCGGCUCACGUCUAGGCUCCUGCCACUCGGGGCAUCUUGGAUACAGCCAAGAGGACAGGAUCCUUUUCCUUCCCUACCAUCCCCUGGCCCGCCUCUGAAACUCCAUUUCCAACUCUCCUAUCUCCCCCUAGUGGCCAGAGCUUUAUUUUUUCUGGUGCUGGGGCUUAAAGUGGGGGACACUCACUGGCCAGAGCCAGCAGGCUGUCUCUGGGGAUUUAGUCUAAGGGACUUCGGAGCAAGGCCUUGGGCUAAGGGAUUCCAACUUUUAAACGUUAAUAUCUUUUCUUUUUAUGGCAUCUUCAUUUCCACAUAUAUCCCCGUUUCCCCUUUCCCUAGUCCAGGGACCAUGCUUUCCAACAAGUAAAAAAGAAAAGAAAAAAGGAAAGGCAACUCUUUGAAAUUAACCAAUCCAUCAGUUGAGUCUGACUGUGUAUUCAGUGUUCCACAACCAUAGGACCCCACUUCCUCAAUAGAGGAAGAUAUAUUUUUCAUAUUUAUUUGUAUUUAUUCAUUUUGUAUUUAUGUACUUCUAUAUUUCCUUCUUGUCUCUCUCAUUGUUUCAUUCUUUGUACUUAGAUUCUCGGAGCCUAAGGCAGUCUCAGUGUCCGGCACAUUGUAUGUGCUUAAUAAAUGAUUAUCCAUUGAU